UGAGACUGAUUUGUGCCUGGUUUGGAAAAAUAAACUUAAAAUGAGUAAUCAGCCAGGCCUUGAAGAUUCGUCUGCUAUCACUAUGGACAAAUCACCUACAACUUCCACUGCUAUGGGGAACACACCUCAAAAAUCACUUUUAUCGAGACAUUCAACACAUCAUAGCCAAGCACAAUCAAGCAAGACCAAUCGUCAUAUUUCUGCCAAAGAUGGGUUUAUGACCAUUGUUAAAUCAUCAUGGCUUAACGUGAUGUUGGUAUUUGUACCUAUUGGUAUUGCUUCUCAUUUUGUAUGGUCUCCUACGAUCACUUUUAUCAUGAACUUCCUGGCAAUUGUUCCUCUCGCUAAACUUUUGGGUUUUGCAACAGAAGACAUUGCUUUAAGAACAGGCGAAAUUAUCGGUGGUUUGUUGAAUGCAACAUUCGGUAAUGCUGUUGAACUUAUUAUCUCCAUUAUUUCUUUGACACAAAACUUGGUUGUUGUUGUCCAAGCCUCUAUGCUUGGCUCUAUCCUUUCCAACUUGUUACUUGUUCUCGGCAUGUGCUUCUGGGGCGGUGGAUAUUACUAUAAAGCUCAGUACUUUAACAAGACAGUUGCACAGACAUCAGCCUCCUUGCUUUUCAUUUCCGUUGCUUCACUCUUGAUCCCAGCUGCAUUUUAUGGAUCGAUCCACUCUGCUGAAUCUGCUUCUGCUGCUGUAUUAACACAAGACAUUCUCAACAUCUCCAGGGCCACAGCUAUCAUUCUUUUGAUCUUGUAUUUCUCUUAUUUACUCUUUCAGCUCAGAACUCAUAAGCAUCUGUUUAUGGGUCCUUCAAGCCCAGAUAUUCGUAGAGUCAGUCAUGCUAGUCUUAAAGUACAAGACCGACAAGUCUUACAAGAAGAAGGACAUGCUAGUCACGAUGAUGACGAAGAAGAAGAGGAACCUCAGCUUCCUGCUUGGAUGGCUGUUACCCUUCUUGUUGUUGUCACUGUCAUUGUAGGCGUUUGUGCAGAAUUUUUAGUGUCUGCUAUUGAAGAAGUGACUGAACUUUGGCAUAUCAGUGAGACUUUUGUUGGUCUUAUUCUUCUCCCUAUUGUCGGUAAUGCUGCUGAACAUCUUACGGCUGUUACUUGUGCUAUCAAGAACAAGAUGGACUUGGCUUUAGGUGUGGCUGUGGGCAGUAGUAUGCAAAUUGCUCUUCUUGUUACUCCCCUCAUGGUUAUUAUUGGUUGGGGUAUGAAUGUUGAGAUGAGUCUGUAUUUUAAUAUUUAUGAAACUGCUGUAUUGUUGAUUGCUGUCAUUAUGGUCAACUAUUUGAUUAUGGAUGGUGAAAGUAACUGGCUAGAAGGCCUUAUGCUAAUUGCUGUCUAUAUUGUCAUUGCUAUCAGUUUUUACUAUUAUCCUGACGGUGGUAGUUCCACUGCUUCCUCUAGUAACAACAGCACCUUGGGUGCCUAAUACUACAUUGUGUAUAUACAUAUUUAAUAAAGUCCCUUGAUUUAUGCUACAAAAUCAUACAGAUCAUCAAAUAUAGUUAAUGACGAUAUACAGUUUCUUAAAUGGUAGGCGGCUCUCUAACUUUGUUUUUUACAAACAAAUACUUGAAGCAGAGAACCUUUCUUUUUUCUUUUCUUUUCUUUAUGUGGUCUUCUUCUUUUACUCGUGCC